AUGCUAUUAUGCCUGACAACGUCCAUAGUACCUACAGUCAUCGUGGACAAUAUCGUAUGGCCCAAUGGAAUCAUUUCAGCAGAUGAAAGGAUUUUCGGGUUUCCAUAUUCAAUCAUCGUACCCGAUAAAUUUCUUGUGUCGAGUAAAACAAAAGGAAAUUUAUAUCUCAUCCCUCCACCAUUCACAGGUCAACAGCCAAUUCCACUUGUACCCAGUGAACAGAAAUUGUGGUUUUAUCAUGAUGCCGUCUUCAACGACAUGGAUUUGGAUGGUUAUGUUGAUAUUGUUACUGCUCGUGCUAAUGUUCCGCUUGUUAGUCAACCUGUUGGAGAACUCAUUUGGUUGACAAAUCCUGGAAAUUCUAGUAAGGAAAUUUGGAUCAUAAAUCAUAUAGCUGAUGCGGAUUUAAAUGGAGACUCACGAGUAGAGUUGCUGGUACCUUGUAACGAUGUCAAGAAUGGUUCAUUUGUUGUGUAUGAAUUACCUAUCGAUGAUUUUCGCUCAGGUGAAAUUGUGAAACAUUCCUUAGCAACUAAUUUUAAACCAUUAAGUGAAUCAAAAGGACGUGGUGCUUCCGGUAGUGCACUCGUCGUAGACAUAUAUGAUCAACGUAAACCCGUUAUUACAUUAUCUGGAGAUGAUGAUGGCUGUGCAUAUCUCUUAGUAGCUCAAAGUGAAGAUGUAGCAGAUUGGAAUUAUACGUUGACGAAAUUUCAUCAGGUAGAAUCUACUGUAGGUCAAUUAAGUGGGAAUGAUAUUGACAAUGAUGGCAACCUAAAAAUAUUUGUACCAUCAUACGGACAGAAUCAAAUAACAAUUUACAGAUUAUUACACAACUAA